AUGGAAUAUGAAGAGGAUGAUGAUAUUUCCUUUGCAAGAUGGAUGAGCAGUUUCUGGGGCCACAGCUUGAUUGAUGAGAAUGAGAAAGAGAGUAGAGGCCACAAGAAACGUCAAACACGAUCCCUUAGUGAAAGGAGAGCCUCCCUUCCGGCCAGGCUUUCCUCUCUCCAUACAACACGACUUCAUGCCUCUGCCAAAGGUUCAUCUUCAGGUCAUCUCAAGGGCUCCAAGGAAUUUCAAGAAGACCAAGAUGUCAAAUACCACUGCCACAAGAAGGCAAGCAGAACACCUUCAGCAGACAGCUCAGGCCCAGAGACAAGGUCAAACUCCAUGCAGGAAUUUGCAGAGUCCUUUGAGAAGCAAUUGCAUUUCAAGAGCAAACGCUCAGUUUCUUUGCAACUUGAAGGCAUGAAGGAGAGAAGAGAGAGACUGCAUCUGAGAAAGAACAAGUCUCACAAGAGAAUGGGAGAGAAAUCAGAGCCAGGGAGAGUGCAGAAAGAUGAACACUCAGAAGCUAUACCCGCAAAACACAACGAACAGUUCCCUUCACAAGCAAGCACUGAGAAAGGAUAUUGA